GUGCUGUGAGAAUCCUUUUUUUCUGUUUUUCUUUCUUUUUUUGAUUGGCUUACUGCAUCGCGAGACUGUGGUGAUCCGUCCAUGCUGUGAGUGUGUGCGUAACCUGUCAUGAGCGCCAGCGUCUCGCCUUUUGGGGUAACUCCGUGAACAGGAAAUAUCAAAAGCGAAUGAGUGAGUAUAGUUCGAAGUGAUUCUAUAAUCUUUAAAAAAAAAGUAAUAAUUAAAAAAAUAAAUAAAUAACAAAUGUCUGCAGCCGAGUCUGGUGUCCAAAAUAUAACUACAGUUGACUGAAAAAAAAAUCCACCAUUUGCGCUUGUUAUAAAAGAUAUAUCUAGCGAUGAUGAUUACGCUCAAUGCCUCCUCACGCGGAGGUCGGGGCAUCAAGAGAACGACCCUGCCUUAGGAAUGAGAGCGGAGGGCGCGACCAGACUCCAGGUGUGUGCCACUUAAGUUCCCCUUAAGAUCAAUUACAUGUUGACAGAGACGCCUGCCGAAUCCCCACCAGAUCCUCACCAGCUCCGAUCAGAAGAGGAUUUGGAUUAGGACAGAGAGGCACGACAGGCUUCUUAAAUAACACGCGGACAGAAGCUAUAGUGUGAUAGUGCUGAGGGAUGUCUGAUAGACCUCCCCCGGAAAAAGGAACUGUGGAAUCCUAGAAUAGAGCGAUGAUUAAUCCAAACGCGAAGUGAACAGAGAAGAAAGAUAAGAAAGGAAAGAAAUGUAAUGUGCCCAAAUUGGAAGAGGAUAGGGUGCCAAAGAUAAAAAAAAAAAUCCAGGGAAGUGUGGGGAUGCCGCGUGAGUGCCAAAGAAAUGUCAAGGGAGUCAAGGAGCGAGAGUGUCAAGGUGGACCCCAGGAGGAUGCUGGCCGUGUACCCUGAGAGGAAAGUGUCCUUUCCUUUCUUUCAGUACUAUGACGCCAGCAUGGGCGAAAUUCCUAAAGACCCGGCCUUCAACAUCAUCCCUAAGAACUCGACAUGUUUUAUCAUCUGGCGAGUCGAGAACCUCCAGCUGGUGGCGCUGAAGCGGGAGGAUUAUGGCAAGUUCCACAAGGGCGACUCUUACAUCAUCUUCUCGGCCUCGGAGUAUGGCAAACCUGCAGGCAUGGACGACACGCCACAUCCGCCUAAGGGAGCUCUGGACAUCCACAUCCACUUCUGGCUUGGAUCUGAGACGAGCACCGACGAGGCAGGAGUGGCGGCCAUCAAGACAGUGGAGCUGGACAACCUACUCGGCGGAGGGCCAGUGCAGCACCGAGAGACGGAGGGCAACGAGAGCAAGCGGUUUUUGUCUUACUUCAAGAAUGGCAUUAGGCUUCUGAAGGGAGGUGUCGUAUCGGGAAUGAAACAUGUUACAGACGACUUCGAACCUGCUAUCUACCACGUCAAGGGGAAGAGGUCCACGGUUGUUACGGAGUUGUCUGCCAUCGACUGGAAACUGAUGAAUGACGGGGACGUAUAUGUAAUAGACAACCGCGAAAUCAUUUACGUCUGGACUGGCAGGAACAGCAACAAUAUGGAAAAAAUACAGGGAGCCAAGUUCGCCGGGACCCUUCGUCAGGAGCACGGCGGAGGCUCCGUGGUGGUGGUGGAGGACGGGCAGGAGGCGGCCCUCGUGGGAGAGGAAAGAGGCCUCUUCGACAAAAUGCUGCCGCUCAACAACAAGCAGGUGGUGCCAGCCUCGCAGGCCCCCAAGGACGAGACUGUGGCUCGCAGGAUAUGCGGCGAACUCAAGCUGUUCAAGUGCUCGGAUGAAAGCGGCGUCCUGAAGGUGACGGAAGUGAAGAACGGCCCUCUGUCUCAGGCCGACCUCGACUCGAAGGAUUCCUUCAUCGUGGACAACGGGCAGGACGGCAUCUGGGUGUGGGUGGGGAAGAAAGCCACGCAGAAGGAGAGAGAUGAGGCCCUGAGGAACGCACAGGGCUUCGUCACAAAGAAGGGAUACCCAGCCAACACGAAAGUCAGCCGAGUCAUCGACAACGGAGAACCGCCCGAGUUCAAGACGCUGUUCAAGGACUGGAAGGACAAGGAUCAGAGCAAGGGCUUCGGCAGGCAAGCUUCGACCUCCAAGAUCGCGCAUACAGUCCAAACCAAGUUCGACGCUUCGACCCUGCAUUCAACACCCGAGCUCUCCGCCAAAACUCAAAUGGUCGACGAUGGAUCUGGACAAAAGGAAGUCUGGAGAAUCAAGGACUUCGACCUUAUUCCCGUUCCGGAGAGCCAGUAUGGAGAGUUCUUCAUGGGAGACUGCUACAUUGUUCUCUACGCUUAUCUCGAAGGGAACAACGAACACUAUCUCCUUUAUUACUGGAUUGGCUCGGACGCCAGCCAGGACGAGGCGGGGACGGCGGCUCUGAAGGCGGUGGAGCUGGACGACAAACUGCAAGGGCGCGCCAUUCAGAUCCGCGUCGUGCAGGGGAAAGAGCCGCCGCACUUCAUGGCGAUUUUUGGCGGGAAAAUGGUCAUCUUCGAAGGCGGUUUUGCUUCGUCAUUUGAUGGUUCGGGUGCGAGAGACGAGGGUCGCAAGUCGUCCUACAUGCUGCAGAUCCGAGGCACCACCAGCCAUAACACCAAGGCCAUUGAGGUCGACCUCCGCGCGGGCUGCCUGAACUCCAACGACUGCUUCGUGGUGGCGACCCCCCAGACCACGUACGUGUGGUGCGGCAAGGGCUCCACGGGCGACGAGAGGGAGAUGGCCAAGACGUUCGCCUCCAGCAGGGGAGACACCUUGAUUGUGUCUGAAGGAUACGAGAAGGAGGAGUUCUGGCGCGCCCUUGGAGGGAAGGAGCCCUACGCCACGACCCCGAAGCUGAAGGAGGAACACCCGUCUCACCCGCCGCGCCUCUUCCAGUGCAGCAACGCCUCGGGAGUCUUCAAGGCCGAAGAGGUGAUCAACUUCUCCCAGGUGGACCUCGUGGACGAUGACGUCAUGCUGCUGGACGCUUGGGACACCCUCUUCCUCUGGAUUGGUCACAACUCAAACAAGGCCGAGCAGCGUGCCUCCGACGCCCUCGCCCUCGAGUACGUGCGCACGGACCCCGCCGGCAGAGAGGGCGUCCCCGUCAUCAAGCUGAAGCAGGGAUACGAACCUCCGAACUUCACCGGCCACUUCGGCGUCUGGGACAACGACCUGUGGAACGAUAACAUGACUUACGCCGACAUCUGCGAGCGUCUUCAAGACGUGUCUCCCGGGGCCACCGUUCUCGUGACGUCAUCAGGCUCUGGGACGACAGGAAGGCGCACUUACCCGCUGGCGACGCUGAAGGAGAAGGACCCCGAGAAGCUGCCUCCUGAAGUCGAUCCCGUGCACAAGGAGGACUUCCUCUCCGAUGCUGACUUCGUGUCCGUGUUCGGCGUCGGCCGAGACAGCAUCGAUUCGAUCCCGUUGUGGAAACGCAACAACAUGAAAAAGAAGGCGGGACUCUUCUAGAGACUUCGUUUUAGACCCACAAACAGCCUUGGUUAAGGGCUGUUUUCAUGGGUCUGGAGGACGGGAGGCCAUUCCCCUUGGCAUGGGGAAAGUCUGCUGCAAGGAGUCAUGCAACAACACUAAUGAGCAUGCAACAUCAAGAACAACUGGUGCCAAAGUCACAGCCAUCAGCGGAGGAGAAGCUGGAAUACGAAUGUCUUGACCCGGCUCUCUCUUCCUUUCACGUGGGGUGCACAACUCCUGCGACUCUCUACAUACGUUGUCUUGUUUGUUUUUAUUUUUUCUCUUCUUUUUUUCUUAGUCUUUAAGGAGUGUACAAGAGUGCAAGUGGUGUUGAUCCGCCUUUUAUUGUUAUUUAGGUUUAUUUAUGUAUCGCAAAAAUGUGAUUUUUUUUUUUUUUUCUGCAGAGGAGUGUAUGAGAAAGACGAGUGUGGCAUCGCCUGAUUUUCCCUAUUGUUGGGAUGACAUGCAAGUCAGAACAAAUCGGCUGACUAAACAAUAAUUGUAUAGAUCAAACGUCAAUUGAAUAUUCACGAAAAAAAAAAAAAAUCCCAAAAUCAACUACUAUAAAACGUCUUUAACAUUUCUAGAAAACAGACACAAAAACAUUUUUCUCUUAAAAAAACGAGAGAGAAAAAAUCUUAUCAGAAAAAAAGAGGGCGAGGGCGGGCAGAGGGGAGGGAUGAGGGGAGGUAACCGUAUUCCUACUCAGCGCUUCCAUUUACAGCAUUUAAAGCGAUUUUCGGCCUUAAUGAGAUUUGACAAAUUAUGGAGCGUGGAAAACAGUGCUAAGCAAGCCCGCUGUCUCAUCUGUUGGGCUUCCCGCUCCCUCUCGCAACCCUCCCGAUGCAAAAUUAUCAUCUUUCUUUCCCUUUCCUCCGCCUAUUUCUCCUUCUUUUCUACGUAAUCAACAGAGAGAAAAAAGAAAAGAAAAAAGAAACAGCCAGCCUGUUACUGUUCUGACGGAGAACGAAAUGCACAAUUUAUAUUUACGCGUUUCAGUGUCCAUAUCAUAGCGAACCAGUUCAAGCUAGUUCCGUUUUCCCGUUUUCUUUUUUCUGAAGGAAGGGAAAGAAAUAGGGGAGACAGUAUCGACUUUUUUCCCCCUUGAAUGGUGUCGCGUUGGCAAGAGAUGAGUGGAGGGGGAAGGGGGGGGGGGAAGGGGGAAUGGAAUGUCUAGCCCUACCCCUUCCCCUUCCCCCCCCCCUUCCCUUAGUUCUGUUUACGGUCUACGAUUCUAAUACACAUGUUAUUUUGUUCUUGUUCUUGUUUUUUUUUUCUUGUUUCCAUUGGCGGAAUUUCUACAAUGAUCAUUCAUGGUGUAAAUAAAAAUGUCAGGAAUGUCA